AACCCAGUCAGAUAGCGCCGUCGCGUUCACUCACUCGCUCGGUUCGAAAUCGUUUGUUCUGCCACUGUUCGUUCGUGGCUCGCUUUAGUUAGUCAGUCGUCACGUGACGUAAUAGUCGGAUUGUGUCGUCGUUGACUUGACUCAGUGNACAGACUUGACUCAGUGUUUCUGUUUGUAGACGUAGCACAGAACGUUAGUUGCGAGUUUCGCGCUCAUGACGGAGUGUUGUGUUGUGUUCCAAGUUCCUGAAUACAAAUAAGAGUGAAGUGAGAACCAGACAUAGAAAUAACUAUAGUGUCAUUGGAUUGGAUGUGGUUCAUUAUUCUUCAGUGAAUAAAGAAGUUUGCAAUAUAAUGGAAUCAUUAAUAGUGGCAAACAACAGUGCAACCUCACCAUUGGCGACGCAAGUGAUGACACAACUGUUCCUGAACAAAAAUAUACCGCCGCCACCAUCCCCUGUUCCUUCCGACGACAAGACUGAUAAUCGCGAUACGUUUUUAUUCUCCGAUGCCGAUUUACGCCAUGAAGAUGAGCGACUGAAGACCUUUGAUAAAUGGCCCCUUACUUUUUUGUCACCUGAUCAGCUUGCGCGCAAUGGUUUCUACUACCUUGGACGCGGCGAUGAGGUACGAUGUGCUUUUUGUAAGGUGGAAAUUAUGCGAUGGGAAGUGGGAGAUGAUCCCGCAAUAGAUCAUAAGCGUUGGUCCCCGUCAUGUCCGCUGGUGAGGAAACAAAGUGCCUCCAGCAAUGGUACUGUCGACUCAGCCCCGACCUCCGGUCGAGACGAGUGUGGAGUGCACAUACCGCCAGCCUCCAACGCGUCCGUUCGCAUGCCCGGCCCUGUUCACCCUCACUACGCAUCCGAAUCGGCACGCCUACGCAGCUUCCAAGACUGGCCUAGAUGCAUGCGACAGAAACCAGAGGACUUAGCAGCGGCUGGUUUCUUUUACACCGGUCAAGGCGAUAAAACUAAAUGUUUCUAUUGUGAUGGCGGUCUAAAGGACUGGGAAAAUGACGACGUACCAUGGGAACAGCAUGCAAGAUGGUUCGACCGAUGCGCCUACGUCCAGCUCGUGAAAGGUCGAGAAUACGUUCAAAAGGUUUUAACCGAAGCCUGUCUCAUACCCGCCCCGAAAGAAGAGCCUGCACCAGUGGAAGCUACCACAAUAGAGAAACCUGCAGUGAUAGAAAAAGAAAAAGAAGAUGAUAAUAAUACGAUAGACGACUCUAAAGUAUGUAAGAUAUGUUAUGUUGAAGAGCGUAAUGUUGUCUUUGUCCCGUGCGGCCACGUAGUAGCGUGUGCGAAAUGCGCGCUGUCGACCAACAAGUGCCCCAUGUGCAGAAGGACGUUCCGGGAUGCAGUGCGUCUAUAUUUUUCGUGAUGAGAAAAACCAGACUGUGACCGUAUGCGACUAUAGCCGUAUGCUAGUCACUGAAAGCCCUGAUACGUGCUGAAACCACUUGUCUGCGGGGCUACUCCGUGAGGCGGGGUCCAUCUAUGUGCUUUGGGCGAGAGCGAGACUGGGUCCAAAACACGGAAAUUAACGCGAUGCGGAGUAGGCCUGCUACAGUGUUCAACCUAUGUAAAGCUUAUUACAAAUCAAUAACAUUUGACCAAAAAUACCUGUGUCAAAAUAUCCGUAUGUUAUAAGAAAUUAGAAAUGACAGAUUGACCUUUCAUAACAUUGAAGCUCAUUUAAUUUUAAAGCAUACAUAGUUCACCAAAAAGAUGAUUUGUAAUGUGCACCAGGGCAGCGCUUAAAAUUGAUAAAAUGGUCGCAAAAAUAAGAAACUUUAAUUGUAACAAUUUUAAAUUAUUUAUCGCUUAAAAAUUCUAAUGACAUACAUGUAUAUAUAAAAUAUUAUGUAAUAAUGUAAAUAUUUUAGCAUAUCCAAUUAAUUUGUCUUAUCGACGUAAUACAAAGCCAUAGGUUGUUGUUUUAAAUGGAGUAAAUCUAAGAUUUAUUCCUUAAGGUAUUUUCAGUUACUUUCAUUGUUAUUUUGCUAAUAUUUAGAUUUUUUAAUUUAUUAUUACAUAUAUUAUGUACUAGAAAAUACCAUUCCACUUGAUCAAGAAACACGAAAUCCUACUUACUGCAACAUUCUUUAAACCAUCCAUGUGUACAUGUGUAAGCUUUAAAAGUUGAAAUAAAGAGAUAUGUAAGGUUACUAAGGUGAAAUAAAAAAAUAAAUUAUUAUGGCUAGUAACAUAAGGGUGUAGAAUAUCGUGCGGAUUUCAUCGUGGACGCGGUAUUGUCCCGCAUACGUGACAUCUGCAAGUGCCCUUUUCAUACAAGUACUAUAUUUCUUGUAAUGCGUGGAAUACGCACGCGGGACAAUAAAUACCUACUUGUAUGAAAAAAAGGACACUUGGGUGUCACGUAUGCGGGGAAAUCCCGCGUCCGCGAUAAAAUCCGCACGAUAUUAAAAACACCCUAAUAUGUAGGAUCAAAAAAUUACAAGAAAUAAAUCAUUGUCAUUGAGAAGACCAAUCUUUGUAUGCAGAAAUGCAUUAAAUUUUUCCACAUUUUUACAAUGGCAAUUAUUUGUACAGUGAAUUUCUCAACUGUUUCCACUUUUUAUUAGUGUUUAUUAAUCUACAUGGGUUAAUACAUUAAAAAUGAAAAUGAAAUUAAUGUAUCAUGAAUACUGAUUUCGGAGUAAACUAUGAAAUUUGGGUCUUUUAUGGAAUGACCAUUAAGACAUUUUCAUAGUAAAAAUUUUGAUUAAAUAUUAACAUUUUGGGAAUUAGUUACAUAAAUAAAGAUUUAUGUAUGAAUAGUAAUAUCGUUAGUUUUUAAUCAAAUAAUGUAUUAAUAAAGAGAUGCAAACAUUAAUAAAAAUGGCGUAUAAUGGUUAUUUUCAAUAACUAUAUUGAAAAUACUUGUAUUGUAAAAAUGUGAAAAACCGUGUAUUUAUAAAACUGUGUUUUUCUGGAUGACAAUGAUUUCUAAGAUUUUUUUAAAUUUACAUUAUCAUUAUGUUACCUAUAUAAUAUAGUGAUUAUUAUUUUUUAUUUUAUCCUAGUAUACCUUGAAAGUUCUUCAUUUUCAACUUAUCAAGCUUGUCAUGGGAAUAUUUUAAAGAAAAAAUACUUAAAUCUUUAAAAUAUUGAGAAAGAAUCCUGAUUGGUUAAAAUAAUACAAAUUAAUAUCAAUGCAUCUUAAUUUACUUCAUUUUCAACACAAAUAUUUUAGGUAAGUAAGUAGUUUUUCAGAAAAUUGUGAAUGACUAAUUUCAAUACAUAUAGGCAAUAUUUUCGUGAUAUCAGAUAAAAGUAGAUACAUGGGGAAGAAAUUGCAUUUAGAAUAUCUAUAAAAUUUCCGAGUCAUAUUUAUUUUAUUGUUUUCCAUGGUCAUUUUAAUAAAAUUGUAAUCAUGUAUGUGUAUGUAUUUAAGUAUGUAGUAUUUUUAUCCGUUAUCUAGUCACCACAGUGCAGGCUUUGCUUAGUUUUGGGGCUAGGUAAUUGGUAUAUUUGUGGAAAUCAUUUAUUUAUUUAAGUAUUUUAUUCAUAAACAGCCUGUUCAUAUCAUGUAACAUAAGACAAAUAAUGACACCAUCAUCAUCACCUAAUGUAUUAUU